UCUUGUCUCUGAACAUAUUUGUUUUCUGUACGGUCUGCGCACGGCUUCCAGUCAGACUUUUGUUUCGUCGCGUUAAGGUGGAAGCUCUUUCUUGAAUUGCUGCUAUGGGCAUUGUACAAAGCUUGUUUCACACACCACCUCCACCUCCACCUCCACCUCCACCACCACCAUGGAGAGAGAUAAAAUGGGGGAGAGAAGAGAAUCUGGAAUAUGUGAAAACAUAUAAACCGACAAAUGCAGACGUGUCGAAACUGCGAAUCAUGAUUUAUGGACCAGUCGGGGCAGGAAAGUCCAGCUUUAUCAACUCCAUUCACACAGCUGUUUGUGGAAGACCAUCCAACAUUGUUACUCCAAGCUCCAAAACUCAAGAUCUGUUGAGCUUCACAACCAGAUACAUAACUUACAGGAUAAAAAAAAAAGACCAACCAAAGGAGUUCUGUGAGUUUGUUAUCAACGACACCAUGGGACUAGAGGCUGGGCGGAAUACAGCGUUUCUGCCAGAAAGACUUAGAACAGCGAUGACAGGACGCAUGCCAGACAGGUAUAAGUUUGAGGAUGAGAAUCCUCCCGCAGAAAAUGAGAACGAGAAUGGAAACGCUUCUCUAAAUGACAGAGUCCAUGUUCUGGUUUGUGUCCUCUCUGCCAACUCUGCAGGCCUCCAUCCAGACAUCACUGAGAAAAUACAACGUGUAAGAAUAUGUGCCAGAGAUCUUGGGAUUCCACAUGUUGCUGUCAUUACAAACAUAGACAAGAUUGAAGAAGAAAUUGAGAAAAAUGUCAGAAAUGUCUAUAAAAGCACAUUACUUCACAGGAGGAUGCAGGAGUUCAGUGCGUCUGUGGGGAUCCCUGUGAACUUCAUGUAUCCAGUGCAGAACUACAGUGACAACACCUACAACAGACAAGAUGACAUCGACGCACUGCUUCUGGAAGCACUAAACCACAUCAUCCACUUUGGAGACGAUUUUCUUGACCUUCAGUAAAACAAAAGUUUAAGAUUAUAUUGACAGUGCAGGUUAUUCAGAUAAACCUGCAGAAUAUAUUGUGUAAUAUGUAUUGCAAUGAUCUGAUAUUUUAUCUUUAGUUCAGGGUUGACACUUUUUGUUCUUUUGUUCAUGUGUUAUUGUUUAAUCCAGGGGUGUGCAAACUAUGGCCUGGGGGCCGUAUGCGGCCCUUUAAACCUUUUAAUCCGGCCCGCCAAACUUGAAUAAAUUGCAAUAAUAAACCUUGUUGAUGUUUUAUUUUUCCUGCAUUUCCAGCGUUUCCCAGUAGAUGGCGCACUACAUAUACAUUGAGGUGUGGCGUAUUAUGUUGGCCGCAAUGCUUUAUGGGAAAGUGUUCUUACAGACCAUUCGGACCAUGAUAAGUGGGUUUAAAGCAAUGUCAAAAGAUGUAUAGAUGCUGUGUUACAAAUCUUAAUGAAUAGAAUGUCUUAAGAGUCUGGUUCUGCUGCACGCGUAAGUGUUUGUGUGCAUAAUCUCGUGGUGUGGGCUUUGUUUCUCAAUGAGAUCUAAGUGCACCGGACUCACGCUCACCUGUGGUGUGCAGAGGAGCAGUCCUCAUUCACUUUUCAUGUAUUCUGAAACUUACGCACCUGAAAGUUGCAGGGCGUGGUGUAGAAUACGUUCUACAUGAGCGUAAAUACAAGUGCAAUGGAGCCGGGCUCUUAACACGUCAUGUCCUGUCUCCUGUCCGGUCCUUCAGUCAAAUUAUAGGACCCUAUGUGGCCCCCGAGCCAAAAAGUUUGCCCACCCCUGGUUUAAUCCAACUGCUUUUAUGUGGGACACUUGGUUGAGUUGAGACGGUUGUUGUUUUGUCCUUGUUUUGCUGUGUGCAUUUUAAGGUCAGAAUGAUGAACCUGACAGCAGCAGAGAGUCGGGCCAUGGCUUUUUAAUAGAAAGUGAAUGGGACCUGGGCACGAAUUAAUCACGUCGCACUCAUGUCAUGCUCACUUCCUGUUCCAGAACGCGGCGGCCAGCACAUCAGCUAUGACCACAGCCUGUGAUUACAGAGUACAGUAGCCCUUGUGUUCAGAAAAUAAACAGAAGUACUUUGGUGUAUUUCCUCACAGUAUAAUAAAAACAACUGACCAAAAAUGAA